AUAGCGGGAGGGAGGAGUGGGAGACGGGAGCGAGCGGCGGCGGCGGCGGCGUUGGCAGCGAGAGCUCACAGACACGCACACGCGCACACACAGACACACACUCGGGGGACGCACACCCGCGCGCACACACGCAGAGGCAGCUCGCCUUCCUGCCUGGCUUCCUUCCUGUCUGCUCCGCGCCUGACAGGCUCCUCGCUGCAGCUAGGGCCCGCCCGCAUAGGGCAGAGGCCGGGCCUGGCCGGGCCGGCGGCGAGGGCAGCGGGGGCCGCAGGCGGCGGCGGCGGCUCAUGCCCGGCUUGUCCCCGCGCGGGGCGGGCACCGUGACUCGGCUGGGCCCCCAGCGGCGGGCGAUGUGAAGAUGUCAGUGGGCUGUGCCUGUCCUGGUUGUUCCUCAAAGUCAUUCAAGCUGUACUCACCGAAGGAGCCCCCGAACGGCAACGCCUUCCCCCCAUUCCAUCCGGGCACCAUGCUAGAUCGGGAUGUGGGCCCAACCCCCAUGUAUCCACCGACAUACCUGGAGCCUGGGAUUGGGAGACACACACCAUAUGGAAACCAAACUGACUACAGAAUAUUCGAGCUUAACAAACGGCUUCAAAACUGGACAGAGGAGUGCGACAAUCUCUGGUGGGAUGCUUUCACAACUGAGUUCUUUGAGGAUGAUGCCAUGUUAACCAUCACUUUCUGCCUGGAGGAUGGACCAAAGAGAUACACCAUUGGCCGGACCCUGAUCCCACGCUACUUCCGCAGCAUCUUCGAGGGGGGUGCUACGGAGCUAUACUAUGUGCUUAAGCACCCCAAGGAGGCAUUCCACAGCAACUUUGUGUCCCUCGACUGUGACCAGGGCAGCAUGGUGACCCAGCACGGCAAACCCAUGUUCACCCAGGUAUGUGUGGAGGGGCGGUUAUACCUGGAGUUCAUGUUUGACGACAUGAUGCGGAUAAAGACAUGGCACUUCAGCAUCCGGCAGCACCGGGAGCUCAUCCCCCGCAGCAUUCUUGCCAUGCACGCCCAGGACCCCCAGAUGUUGGAUCAGCUCUCCAAAAAUAUCACACGGUGUGGGCUGUCCAAUUCCACUCUCAACUACCUCCGACUGUGUGUGAUACUCGAGCCCAUGCAGGAGCUCAUGUCCCGCCACAAGACCUACAGCCUCAGCCCUCGUGACUGCCUCAAGACCUGCCUUUUCCAGAAGUGGCAGCGUAUGGUAGCACCCCCCGCGGAGCCCGCCCGGCAGCAGCCCAGCAAACGGCGGAAACGGAAGAUGUCAGGGGGCAGCACCAUGAGCUCUGGGGGCGGCAACACCAACAACAGCAACAGCAAGAAGAAAAGCCCAGCCAGCACCUUCGCCCUCUCCAGCCAGGAUGUGAUGGUGGUGGGGGAGCCCACCCUGAUGGGCGGGGAGUUCGGGGACGAGGACGAGAGGCUCAUCACCCGGCUGGAGAAUACCCAGUUUGACGCAGCCAACGGCAUUGACGACGAGGACAGCUUUAACAACUCCCCUGCCCUGGGCGCCAACAGCCCCUGGAACAGCAAGCCUCCAUCCAGCCAAGAAAGCAAAUCGGAGAACCCCACAUCACAGGCCUCCCAGUAAAGGCUUCACCAGGGCCACCCAGCGCUCUGCCUGCCUGCCCCACCCCUUGAAGCCCCAGGGAGCAGAAGACAGAAUGAAGAGACUGAGCAUCUAAAAUGGGCAGCCUCCAUCCACCCACUUCAGGGAGGAACUGGACUCACUGGGGGCAGGUGCCAAGAUUUGCCCCGCAGUGGCUCUGGGCUGGGCCUGGCCUCUGCAGAGCCUUUUGGGGGAAGGAGGUACUCAUGUGGAUGUCUGUGUGGACCCUGGGCCUCUGAGAAAUGUCCUGACCACCCCCCAGAGCAUUUGCCUCCAUCCUCACCCCAUGGGUUCCCCAUCCUCCUGACUCAACCCUCUUCGAGCCUGGGCUGUCUAUCCUCACAGCCCUUAGGGACAUAAAGUUAUGGCGCUUGGUUGAGUGCCCUUCCCCAGACCCUCCCCCUAGGUGGCUGGAAGUAGAGGGGUAAAGCUCUGGCCUCCUCCUCUCUUCCACCACCUAUCCCAGCUCCAAGUUUUUAAAAAAAUAAUAUUAUUAAAAAUGUAAGUUAAAAAAAUCACUCAUGUCCCCCCCCCCUCCUCUUCCCCUUAUUAAAAGUCCAGCUACCUCCCUAUGCCUGGCAGAUGCAGGGUUUGGGGCCCAGGUGGAGGUGAGAGUAUCGGUAGGGUAGGGGGGUAUAUGUUACCAUUUUAUAUAGUUUGAGAGCUUCAGACCAAGGAGACACUUCGCCAUCUCUCUUCCCUUUGCCUCUGGGAUAACUGGAGUUGGGAAGGCAUGCCAUGGGGUAGGGGGCCAUUGCUUUGGAACAGCUCCCAGCUGUUGUCUCUGUUUCCCCAUCCUCCAGGACGCUUGCUCGUAACUCCCUCAGUCCCAGCACCGCAGUCCUCUGCCGUCCCCCACCUGUGUGUAUAUUCGUUACAAGCCUCCGCUAAAGCAGCUGUCUUGGAUGGGGCAGGAGGAGGCUCCCUCCCUUGGGGAGUAUGGAGGGAAGGAGCAGCCCAGUUUGUCACUGUGUUUUUUGUUUUGUCUCAGUUGGGUAGGCAUGGCUUAGGGGAAGGGCUCAUCCACUCCCUCAGAUUGCAAAUCUAGUCCUCCCCUGCUCUCCACAGUGGGGAGGGAGCCACUGAGGGUGUCCCACCUCUAAGCUGGAAGCAUUAGGGCUCUGUUCCCCAGCUGAAGUAGAGGGUGUUCAUCUUCCCAAAUCCCCUCCAGUCUUUGCUCUCAUAGAAGGGAGGGGAAAGCUGCCAGAGCCCUCAGCUGUACUGCAGUUGGACACGUGGAGGUUCAGGGCCCAGGGUGAGGCCAAGAGUAGGGCCCCAUGAGUCUGGGGCCAGCUCUGGCUUUGUUGCCUUUUCCUGUGGUGAGUUCCAGAAGUGCUAGUACCACCUAUCUUCCCAGUCCUUCUUCUGGAUUCUGGGGCUCUUUCCACUCUGUUUCCUUCACUUUAGUUGCCACUGCUGGAGGGGUGUUGUGUCAGGAGCUGAGGGAAGGGAUGGGGAAGAGGGAUGGCCCACUCCAACUGUAAUGCCUUUUUUUCCCUCCAUUUGAGUCAUGUAUGGUACUGAUCAAUAAAGAGACUUUUCAGUUUGA